AUGUCUCUCGCUGGUCUGAGGAAGCAAAUCAACAAAGCUAAUCAGUUUAUGAGUGAGAAGAUUGGAGGAGCAGAGGGUACAAAACUAGAUGAUGAAUAUAUUGAAAUUGAAAAAAAAGUUGAUACAAUUUCUAAAUUAUUUGAAGAUGUCAUAGCACAAACACAAGAGUAUCUACAACCAAAUCCAGCCUAUCGUGCCAAAUUAAUGACAAUGAAUACAUUAAAUAAGUUACAAGGGAAAUCAAAAUGUGCAGCUUAUCCUCAACCUGAAAAUCAAUUAGGUGAAUGUAUGGUAAAAUUUGGUCGCGAUUUAGGUCCUGAUUCAUGUUAUGGUCAAUGUCUUGUAGAAGCUGGUGAAACAUUUAAAUGUUUAGCAAAUAUUAAAUACACUAUGGAAGAACAUGUCAAAGAGAAUUUUCUAGAUCCUCUACAUAGUGUACAAACACAUGAAUUAAAAGAGAUCAAUUAUCAUCGUAAAAAACUCGAAGGACGAAGAUUAGAUUUUGAUUGUAAAAAACGAAAACAGGAUCGAAGUGCAAACAAUUCAAGAUUGCCUGAAGAUGAAGUUAAAAUUGCUGAGGAAAAGUUCAAUGAAUCAAAAGUAUUAGCUGAACAAGCAAUGAUUAAUUUUUUGAAUAGUGAAACUGACCAUAUGCAGUCAUUAUUAGAAUUUGCAACAUCACAAGCGGAUUAUCAUCGUCAAGCUGCAGAGAUUAUGGAACAAUUGAGGAAAUUUUUAAUUGAAAAGAAAGAAGAAACAAUGUCAAAACCACAUAAAGUAUACGAAGUAAAACGUGUAAAUGUCACAUUAAAUCAUGAUAUAUCAGGGAGCAAAAGUCCAUUAAAUAGUACUUUAAAUACUCCAACUAAAAACGGUCCAAGUCCUCAUACAACAAAGAAUCUACCUAUUUUAGGACCAUCUUGUAAAGCAUUAUUUGAUUUUGAAGCAGAAAAUGAAUCGGAAUUAUCAUUCUCUGAAGGUGAUAUAAUUAGUUUAAUAUUACGUGUUGAUGAAAAUUGGUUUGAAGGUGAAUUAAAUGGUCGUAAAGGUUAUUUUCCAGUGAAUUAUGUUGAAGUGAUUAAUCCGUUACCAUCUUAGAAAUCAAUUGUUUUCCUUCUUCUUCUUCUUCUUCUUGUCGUUGUGUAUGUGUUAGUAGUGUCUUGUAAGCAAAAGAAAAUGUCAAUGUAUUAUGACUUAAACAUUGUGGCAAUGAAAGAUAGCCUAAUAUUUCCUCAUAUUCAACAAAUUGUACACAUAUUACAACACUGAUGAUGAUAAUAAUAAUAACAGCAAAAGUACAAAUACAAAGAUAUCUAUCAUGAUUCGACCAAUUAUACUUAUUUCUUAUAUUCAAUAUACUAUAGAUUAAAAAGCAUUCGUCAACUACACUAGUGAAGUUAACAACUUGAUGGAGACAAACAUCA